CAAGGACAAUCGUCCCCCGUGAUGGCCAACGCCACACCACACUCGACAUGCCAAUACCACAUCCACCGGCCAUGAGUGCACUAAGUGGUCGAUGUGCAGAAGGUACAUGUUUCGCAUAGCGGGAAAAGAGUAGUCGGGCUUAUCUCGGCUCGCAUUGGCAAUGGCGUCAUUGUUUGGUGUUCCCCACGCGUUCAGCAGCACGCGACUCUGCUCCUGUCCCUUCUCCCUAGCACAUCAGGCGAGCACCCGAGCAGCCACACUCCCGCUCGCUCGCGAUGGCUCUGCCCUCCUCGCCACCAUUACUACCCGACGAUGAUCUCCCAUCCGUGCCCGCAUCACUAUCCCUCAACUCCGGCUCUGGCGUGCCGAUUGGCUCGCACUCACGGAAGAGACAACACUCUGACUUCGCAGGCUUCAGUAGCGACCCGUUGUUCUCCGACUCCACUGAAGACGACAGUGUGCUGGACGUUGACGAGCAACCUCGACGAAAGCGAGCGGUGCGUGGACCAUGGUGGAGCUUGAAGAAGCGAGGCGAGCGCAGUCUGAGGCGGACCAUGGCGAAGAAGGAGCGCUUAGAGGUGGCUGACAGUGGAGUGUGGAUGGGCAGUGACGCGAGUGACGUCAGCAUUGACGGCAUCAUUGCGAGUCAGCAGAAGAUGGAGGAGCUGGCGGUGGAAGACGACAACGAACAGCAGCUCCCGACAGCGGCACCAGAUGCAGAAGCCUAUGCGGCGCGCAUCAUUCAGACCUGCGUGGACGGAGGGAAAGAGGCUGUUGACCUCUCGGAUCUGGCGCUGAACCAUAUUUCCAAUACCACGCUUAGACCGCUACACCAUCUGAUCAAGUCGUCGUUCAACGAGAACCUCCACCCACCCAGUGAGGAUGAAUUCGGUCCGCUGACGCCAUCCGUCAAGCUAUACCUCUCCACAAACCAACUCACUGCACUGCCAACCGAGCUCUUCAGCCUCGCCAACAUUACUGUGCUCAGUCUCCGCAACAAUCACCUAACGCACCUGCCACCCGCUAUCGCGCGUCUUAUCAGGCUAUCAGAACUCAACAUCUCCGGCAACGACAUCCGCUGCCUACCAUGGGAGCUUCUCGACCUCGUUCACUGCCGCGACGGCAAUCACCGCCAGAUCCUCGUCCGACCGAACCCGCUCGUGCAGCCUAUCGAACUCAGCGGACCGUCUCCCUUGCGGGGCCAGUACCAGCGUCUAAUGAAAAGCGAAGACUUUAGCCGCUUCGCGGACACUCGUGAAACGAUCGCGAAGAUACGGCAGAAGUUGCACGAGCAAGGUUUAAUGAACCUACGCGGUGAACUGGAGCUGCGGCUGAAGCUGGGUAGGAUGUUGCGGAUGCAGUACUUGCAAGACGCUUCUCGGUCAAGUGCAGAAGUAAGAGUGUGCAGGGAAGAGCUCAUCUAUCUUGCCUCGUCCAGCAUUCGGUACUUUGGCGUAGACGGUACGCCUCUGCGAAGAUGUGGUGAAGAUUGGACGGCCAGUCUCACCCCACCCGCUUACGCUCCUACGGCCUUCGGCUGCGAUACCAUGCCAUCUCUGCUCGAGCUCGGCUUGCGAAGACUACAAGCAAAGUACGACCUACCUCAUCUACUGUCCAUCUUGCCGGAUCUGAACGUCUCACCUACUCUCGCCUCAGCCAUCCAGCGCGCCACUGACAAUGCGGGUGCAUAUGGCAACGAGACUUGCACCACUUGCGGACACAAAUACGUGGUUGCGCGGGCGGAGUGGGUGGAGUGGUGGUUCAAUGGCUAUCCUAGCCAGCCGGAGCUGAGCGCGGAGACGGUGCUGCCGUUUCUGAGGAGGGCGUGCAGCUGGGGGUGUGCGAGGGUGACGGAGAUGGGAGCUUUCCGGUGCUGAAACUUGGUGGGAAUGUAGCGUGUAGCUGUAAAUGAUGUACAAUUUCGCGUGCAACUACGUAUGCCGCACGUGCUAUCCUCGGAUCCCGGGU